UCCUUUUACCAUCCCAGAGUUGGUACAGGCAUCCCCAUGCCGAAGUUCAGACGGAAUUCUCUACAUGGGUAAAAAGCAGGACAUUUGGUACGUUAUUGACCUUCUGACCGGGGAGAAGCAGCAGACUCUGUCAUCGGCCUUUGCAGACAGCCUCUGCCCUUCAACCUCUCUGCUGUAUCUUGGGCGAACGGAGUACACCAUCACCAUGUACGACACCAAAACCCGUGAGCUCCGGUGGAACGCCACCUACUUCGACUAUGCAGCCUCUCUGCCCGAGGACGACGGGGACUACAAGAUGUCCCACUUUGUGUCCAACGGCGACGGGCUGGUGGUGACCGUGGACAGUGAAUCCGGCGACGUCCUGUGGAUCCAAAACUACGCUUCCCCCGUGGUGGCCUUUUAUGUUUGGCAGAGGGAGGGUCUGAAGAAGGUGAUGCACAUCAACGUCGCCGUGGAGACCCUGCGCUACCUGACCUUCAUGUCUGGGGAGGUGGGCCGCAUCACCAAGUGGAAGUACCCGUUCCCCAAGGAGACGGAGGCCAAGAGCAAGCUGACGCCCACCCUGUAUGUUGGGAAAUACUCUACCAGCCUGUACGCCUCCCCCUCCAUGGUUCACGAGGGGGUCGCCGUUGUGCCCCGAGGCAGCACUCUUCCUUUGCUGGAAGGCCCCCAAACUGACGGGGUCACCAUUGGGGACAAAGGGGAGUGUGUGAUCACGCCCAGCACAGAUCUCAAGUUUGACCCUGGGCUCAAAGGGAAGAACAAGCUCAACUACCUGAGGAACUACUGGCUUCUGAUCGGACACCAUGAAACCCCCCUGUCUGCGUCUACCAAGAUGCUGGAGAGAUUCCCCAACAACCUGCCCAAACAUCGGGAAAACGUGAUUCCUGCCGAUUCAGAGAAGAAGAGCUUUGAGGAAGAUGUGGAAGAGAAAUACGAGCAUGCCCCUGCCAAGCCCGAGGCCCCCGUGGACUCCAUGCUCAAGGAUAUUGCCACCAUCAUCCUGAGCACCUUCCUGCUCAUCGGCUGGGUGGCCUUCAUCAUCACCUACCCUUUGGUAAAGCUCUGCCCCUUCCCUUUGCCCUCCCGGGUGUUUCUGAACUUCCGUGCUGGUCAUCUGGUAUCUGUGAGCUCCAUGCACAGCAACGCACACGGCAGAUAAGCAGAUACGUUUCCUUUCACAUUUCAAAGUUAGUAUUUGCUUAUCUUCAGAAACAUUGUAGUUAAAAAGACACUAGUUUCUCAGGA